CCGGGCCGGGCGACGGGACCUUGAGGAGGGGGUGUCCCGCACGGGACGCGCUGCUUCCCGGACCCUGCCGUUUGCCCCCCGCCACUUUGAGCGGGUGCCAGGGCGGGGACAGCCCGGCCCCGGACGGCGCGCCACGGCCGGAGUCCGGGUCGGGAAACCGGGAGGCGACAGUCUCAGGUUGUCCGCUCCCCCUCCCCGCCCCGCCGCCGGGACCCCAAGAGGUCCCGGCGCCCCGAGCGCGGGGCGGGUGGCUGCCCCGUGGUUGCGCGCUGGCGGCGGGCUGGCCACGGGCGCGCGUCCGCGGGUGAGUUCCCUUUUGACCCAGUUGCCUGAGAACUUUUCAGAAGUUCCUCGCGUGGCCGGAGCAGGUGACAUUUGUCGCCUUCCUCCUCGGGCUCCCCCCGGGGGCGGGUGCCGGGGCUGCGGCGAGUGCCCGGCGUCAGUCAGGGAGGGAGUGGAGGGGUGAGAGUGGAGUGAGACUCCGUGAGUCACGGACCCCGGGAGGGAGGGAGGAGGAGGGAUUGUGUCGUACGCUCACCUGUUUGUCAGUCACCGUCACACGCAGAGGCCACCGCUGUGAGUCAUGGGUGCAGCUACACCGGCCACCCGCGGGCGCAUGUAGGCUUCCCCCACGCACGGCUCCCUCCCCAGCACGUACUUCCUACAGGUCCUCAGUUUCCCCUCCCGGGGGCCCUUACACCGGCACGGCACUGUUGAGAUGCCCACACUACAGCAGCCGUCACACACUUAGUCACUCCUGCUCCCUGGCACAGUCACACACAGCCCACACUCCUGACACAAGGGGGUCCCUCCCGGGCUCCACUGCCCACUCGACACCUCCACUCAGAUGUCUCACAGUCCUCUAGAGCGGAACUCAUAGCUUACCCCCAAAUCCUCAUCAUCACUGCCUUCUUUGGUCCCCACCUCCAGAGGUCACCGGGUUCCCUUCCCCUUUCUCCUAAGCCUUUGGCCUGUCAUCUCUCACCUAGCUCUGGCAGCUUGGUCCAACCGGUCACACCCCCUUCUGUCCCUUGCUGAGCCAUCUUUUUAAAAUGCAAAUCUGGUAUUGUCACUCCCUACUUCAACCCUUCUGUGGCUUCCUGUGCCCUCAGGCUAAAGCCUGCCCUGUCAGCCCUGGCUCCCUGGCUCCUGAAGCCCCCUCCCAGGCCGUCCCUUCCCCCUCAUCUCUCUGCCUCUUCCUCUUCAAGUCCCUCCCGCUUCCUGUGCUCCCCUCUCUCUCUGGAGCUUUUCCUACAUCCCAUCCUUUACUCCAAGAGAUCUGUCUUCACCCCCAGCUGUACCCCUCCCACCCUCCAUCCUACCACCCAGCACGGUUUGUAACCCAUUAUACUCCUCCCCACUCAACUCAAAACUUCAAGGGGGCAGCACUGGUCUGUGUCUUGCUCCCUGUAUGCCCAGGUGUGUGACACAGUGCUUGGCAUGUCUUAGGCGCUCCAUAAAUAUUUGUUGAAGGAAUGAAUGAAUGAGAGUGAAGGGGGCCUUGCUUAGGUGGAAGAAGCAGUCUCUGUCAGGUGCAGUUUCCUUUCUGCAGGAGCAGUUGCCUCAUGUAGCCAGCAAACGUUUGGCACCUCCCCAGUGCCAGGCCCUGGAGGCCAAGGCUGAGGAACUGUCCCCUCUCCCGGGGAUCACUUUUGGAGGGAUGGGUGGGGGAGGGGUGUGCCAAGGCUCCCUGCCUGCCCUCUCUGGGCUGCCUUGGCUGCCUUUCUAGCCAGUCCCCAUGGGGGCCUGAGGUGCUCAGAGGUGCUCUCUCCUUCUGCCAGUAAGUAGUUCCUGAGGAUCCGAGGUCAUCUGACCCCAGGUACUGGGGGGAGCUGGCCUGGCCUGGCCAAGGCCUGGGGCUCUGAGGUUAAAGGACAUUCUUCAAAUUCCUGAAGGAGGGUGGAGGCAGCUGAAGGUUCCCCCUUCUCAAUACCAGCUCUCACUGGGGGCCAGGGCAUUGGGACAGCUGUGGUCGAAGAGGAGUUGGUGUGACUUUUCAGAGGCCUGGGGAUUCCUGCCCCCAAACAGCCUUUGUUUGCCUGGUAUCCAGGGUGAGGUGGCCUUCCCUUGGCUCACAUGGUGUGGCCUGAGUGUGUAGAUAGUUGUGGCUAGUAGGGUGGGGAGGCGCCCCUCCUCCUCCUGGGCUGUCAGCUUCUGUGGGUGGUGACGGCAGGACGGCCUGAUUCUCAGGGCCCAGGCAGAUCCCGGAAGAAGCCUGGUUCUCUUCGAUUCGGGGCCUGUCUCCGGGGCUCCUUGGGGGUGUGGUAUUUCUGUCUGAGCAGGCUCCUGGGAAUUGCUUUUCCUUCCUCCAGGACCCUCGGAGGGGGCUGUGCUCACCCUGGGAACCGUGCCACGGUCAGGAUCUUGAUUCCUGGGUAGCUGCUGAGGGCCCCUCCCCCACCCUCUGACUCACUGUCUGACACUUUUCUUGGACUCUUUCACUAUCUUUCAUUCCUUUUCUGACUUGGCCUCUCCUGUCUCUGGCUGAGUCUUUUUGUCUCAUCUGCCUCUGCCUCUCUCAGCCUCUGGAUCCCUAGGUCGGGCGGCGGAGCACAAGAGCCAGGGGCUCUUCCUCCUCCCCAGUGUCAGGGAGGAGAUGAUUUCCCAUUUCCAGGUCUGCAGAUUUUGCUGGGUGCUCAUCAUUAGAACCUGCACCACGGGCUGUAGCUUUCCUGUGUCCCCGUUUCCCUGUCUGCAGCCUUGGAGUUUAUAACCCCCUCACCUUAAGCUCCCAGUCUGUAGACAUCCCUGAGGCAGAGCCAGGGUGUCUGGCUUGAACCUGCUUCCUUAACACUCCUUCUAUUUGUUUACUCUUGGGGAACCUCCUGAGAUGCCUGUGUUGGCACCUGCCUGCAGCCUGAGCUUCCUUUUCCUGCUCUCAGAGCUACCCCCUUCUGGGUGCUAUUCUUGCUCAAACCCUCAGGCACAGGUUGGGGGAUGGGCACGUCCUCCCCUCCAACUAACUGUGACAGGAGCAGGAGGAGGGCACACUGACCAGCGGGCCCCCGUGACCUCAUGUGCCUAAAUUGUUUCUCUGUGUAUACCUGAUCUGCAGCGUCAGCUGCCUACCUCUGAUGGUCCUCAGGAGGCUUCUCUGUGCCAGACUCUAUUCCAGGCACAGGCACAGUGCCGAUCAGGCCGAGAGGCCUUCAGCCUGGCAUGAGGGAGAUGAGCAGUGAGGCCAUUGCAGGAAGGGGCCGUAAGGGCUGCGAUGGGGGAAUCCCAGAGCCCGCGGGAGCCCAGAGAGUCAUGUAGUGGGGAGGAGUGAGGGUUUCAGGGAGGCCUUCUUGGAGAUGACUUCUAAAGGGGAGUGAGGCUGGGUUCCAGCUUGUGCAAAGGCCAGGAGGUGAGCAGGUCAUGGCCAUUUGGGCAACUGCAAGUUCAGCUGGAGUAUAAAGUGAGGGGGCUGGGGAGAGUCUUGCAUGAUGAAUCUGGAGGGGAGGCAGCAGCCAGGCCUUUAUCAGCCUCUUUGUGGACUUGUGGAAUUGUGGACUUGAUCCUAAGGGCUCCCCUUAGGGAAUGAUUUUCUGCAUGGGGGUGGCAGUAGAUAAACACGCGGUUUAAUAAGAUCACUCUAGCUGUAGGGUAAAGAGUGGCUGCGGGCAGAGGGCAGAAACAGAGGCAGGGGACAUGGGUAGUAGCAGUGGAACAGAGAGAUAGGGGUAACAGACUUACAGAAUUGAAGGUGACAUACGUAAAAUGCACAAAGUAUAUGAAUCUUAUGUGUACAGUGAGAUGUUUUAGACACUCAUGGAACCACCACCCAGAUCAACAUAGAAUAUUUCUAGACACCCCUCACCCCCGACCCCCCCCCCCCCCCCGCCAGGAAAAUUCCCUCAUGACUGUCCCCAGUGCAUGCCCUUCCCACUUGCUGGAUAACCACGAUUCUGAACUGUAUCAUCACUGAUUGGGUUUAUCAUCACUGAUUGGGUUUGCCUUUUCUUGAACUUCAUUCACAUGUAAUCUUGUGUCUGGCUUCCGUCACUGAACAUGAUAUCAGUGAGAUCCAUCUGUAUUGUGUGUAUCCAGGAGCUCUUUCUUUUUUUCUCAGUGUAGAAUGACACAUUCACCAAGCAUUUACCACUGUUCUAAGAACCUGGCAUGUAAUGAUUCACAUAAACUUCCCAUCCCUGUGAGGUUGGUUGUAAGACAAAGAAUUGACGACACAGAGAAGUUAAGGAACUUGCCCAGGGUCACCCAGCCAACUGAUAGCCAAGACAGGGUUCGAAUGUAAGCAGUCUGGUUCUGGAGCCAAGGUUUUCUUAACACUAUGCUGGGUGGCCUCCGUGAUACCUACCAAGUCUGUGCCUGGCCUUGUGUGGCUUAAAUGAGCUAAUGUGUACUUCCAGGACUGGGUGACUGGAUGUGGAUGGAGGGAGACAGGAAGGAGUUGAGGAUGACUGCAGGUUUCUGGCUUGAGUAAGUGGGUGGGUGGCAGUGCUGUUACUAAGAUAGGGAACACAGGAAGAGGAACAGAUGGCAUGGGGGGUGGGGAACAGAGACAAGGGGUUCGAUUUGGGGCCUGCAGAAUUUUGUUUCUAAGGGAUGGCCAGGCAGAGAGACCAAGUGAGCCUUUGGCUUGGGGGAAUCUCAGGCUUAGGUGUGUGAUUAGGACAGCAUUCAGCACCCUGUAGACAGCAUCUGGAGUUUGGGAAAGGAUGGGGUCUCCCAACAGGAUUGUGGUGGGGACAAGAUGGGUGGGUUGUGGUUUGUCCUUGUGUGUUUCUGUGUCUGGGUGCCUCUGUGCUCUGUCUGCUUGUGUAAAUGUGUGUGUAUGCCUGCCUCUGGGCCAUGAGUUCCCGCAUCUCCUGUGAGAGCCUUCAGGUCAGCUGAGAGCUGGGUUGUGUUUGUUUGUGGUUUGACCCUGGGGGGUGGGGGCUGGUGCCAAGCCUGAGAAACUGUUUGCUGAGAAGCCCCCGGAAACACCUGUGCGUCCUCCUUCCUUGGGACCGUUGUUGUUGGAGGGUUGGCAAGUCGGGGAGCUUCUCUUGCUGCUCAUGUGCCUGUGGGGAGAGGCUGCCCCUGGGAUGAAUUUCAUCUAGCAAGUUGGUUGACGGCAUACUGCCUGGGUCUGGGAUCCACAGACUUUGUGGAAGGCUAGGCAAACGGGGAUAGGGGUGUUUAGAAAGGACACCUGAGUAGGGGAGAUCGCCAGCCUUCUGGUUGGUUUUUCCUGUUCACUCUCAUUUCCUGUGAUGGCAGUGGGGGAGGGGCUCCCCAGCACUGGGGCCUCUGCAUCGUUUCCCCUUCCUCCUGGUGAGAGGCACAGAGAGACAAGGUAGCUGGGCUCAGCCCUAAGGGCCGAGUCCUUUGGGGAUUCCCAAGCAGUGGAAGGGGUUGUUAUUUGCUGCAGCAUUUAAGGGAAGGAGCCCCAAGUGCCCUCCACUCGGUUGAGGCCAGCCAAGCUGUGGGAAUCUCUGGUUGCACUCCUGUGGAGGGCUGAGACCCUUAAAGGGGAGACACAGUGAGCAGUGUAUCCUGGGGUGCUCCAAGUCACCCAGCUACGGACGGGAGAGCGUCGUCUUGGCCGGCUGUCUGUGCCCAGACCCCAGAGUACCCCUCACCACCAUGACUGGGCUGCUGAAGAGGAAGUUCGACCAGCUGGAUGAGGACUCCUCCUCACUCUGCUCGUCCUCCUCCUCUUUGUCCUCCUCGGGCCGCCACUCUCCCUCCUGCUCCCCGAGCUCUUCGGCCUCACCGUCUUGGGACUCGGAUGAGGAAGGCCCCUGGGAUCAGAUGCCCUUGCCUGACCGCAACUUCUGUGGCCCCCGAAGUUUCACCCCCCUGUCCAUCCUGAAGCGGACCCCCCGGAAGCGCCCAGGCCGGGUAGCCUUCGAUGGCAUCACUGUCUUCUACUUCCCUCGGUGCCAGGGCUUCACCAGUGUGCCCAGCCGCGGCGGCUGCACCCUGGGUAUGGCCUCCCGCCACAGUGCCUACCGCCGCUUCUCCCUGGCCGAGUUUACGCAGGAGCAAGCCCGGGCACGGCAAGAGAAGCUGCGCCUACGCUUGAAGGAGGAGAAGCUGGAGGCGCUAAGAUGGAAGCUUUCGGAGGCCGGGAUACCCAAGACGGAGGCCAGCCUGCCGCUUACAGUGGACACCAUAGAUGAUGCCUCUGUGGAGGAGGAUUUGGCAGUGGCCGUGGCAGGUGGCCAGUUGGAGGAAAUGACCUUCCUCCAGCCCUACCCAGCCCGGAAGCGGCGGGCUCUGCUGCGGGCCUCGGGCGUGCGGAGGAUCGAUCGUGAGGAGAAGCGAGAGCUGCAGGCCCUGCGCCAGUCCCGGGAGGACUGUGGCUGUCGCUGUGACAGGGUCUGUGACCCUGAGACCUGCAGCUGUAGUCUGGCGGGCAUCAAGUGCCAGAUGGACCACACAGCGUUCCCCUGUGGUUGCUGCAGAGAGGGCUGUGAGAACCCUAAGGGCCGUGUGGAAUUUAAUCAGGCGCGAGUUCAGACCCAUUUCAUUCACACGCUCACCCGCCUGCAGCUGGAGCAGGGGGCCGAGAGCCUUGGGGAGCUGGAGGCCCCGGCCCAGGGUGCCGCAUUCAGCCCCAGCGAGCAGGUCCUGGCCCCCACGUUCCCACUGGCCAAGCCCCCCGUGAGCAGCGAGCUAGGAGACAACAGCUGCAGCAGCGACAUGACCGAUUCGUCCACAGCUUCGAGCAGCAGCGAGGCACCCAGUGGCUCUGCCCACCCGGCCCUGCCCGGCCCCGGCUUCCAGCCCGGAGUGGACGAUGACAGCCUGGCUCGGAUCCUGAGCUUCAGUGACUCUGACCUGGGUGGAGAGGGGGAGGAGGAGGAGGAAGGGGGUGUGGGCAGCCUGGACAACCUCAGCUGCUUCCACCCAGCUGACAUCUUUGGUACCGGUGACCCCACUGGCCUGGCCAGCUGGACCCACAGCUAUUCCAGCUCCAGCCUCGCGUCAGGCAUCCUGGAUGAAAACGCCAACCUGGAUGCCAGCUGCCUCCUCAACAGUGGCCUUGAAAGCUUGGGGGAAGGCAGCCUCCCCGGCCCCCCGGUGCCAGCCAUCACGGAUGCCGGCCAGAGCAGCUCAGUGGACCUGAGCUUGUCCUCCUGUGACUCCUUCAAGCUGCUCCAGGCCCUGCCAGACUAUAGUCUGGGGCCCCACUACACCUCCCAAAAGGUGUCUGAUAGCCUGGACAACCUCGAGGCGGCCCACUUCGCCCUGCCUGCCUUUUCUCCCCCUGGGGACGCCAGUACGUGCUUCCUGGAGUCCAUCAUGGGCUUGUCUGAGCCAGCCGCCGAGGCCCUGGCUCCCUUCAUGGACGGCCAGUUGUUUGAGGACACUGCCCCAGCGUCGCUGGUGGAGCCUGUGUCUGUGUGAGGGUUAGGGUGCCUUUUCCCGGCCCCAAGAGCCCUGUUGCUGCUUCAUUGUAAUUGGGGGCUCCCUGAGGUCUGCCUGUAUGUAACGGUCUCCCAUUGGCUGGCUCCCAUGUGGGCACUCCUAAUUUUCAUGCAACACUCUGGAUUUAUUUAUUUAUUUUUGUAACCUUCUGUGCUGAAGCGGGACGGGGGGGGGCACUUCCCCUUUCAGCCGCCUGGUCCCCCAUAUGCCCACACCCUCUCUUCCACUUCCAUGGCCGUGCCAGGAGCAGGAAGAAAUGUGGCUCCCCUGGAGCUUUGCAGACUCCUUUUCGGUCUUGUAUGAUGUUCCUAAGCCCAAAGACAGCCACACAGGGCUGAAAUCAGCCACUUCUUAAGGCUUCUUCUGCCACCCUGAGCCCUAGACUCAUGGGUGGCUGAAUCCUCUGGACUGUGAAGACUAUAAUUUAUUUCCAUAAUUUAUUUGGAGACUAGGUGGCUGGCAGGCAAUGCUAGGGCUGGGGUGGGGCACAGACCCAUGCGAGUCCCUUUGCCUUUUAGUCCUGCAGCCCUGCCCUUGCCGGGGCUUUGCUGUAGACCAGGCAUGGAUUUGAGCCCUCUGUCUAAUGUGGCAGCUGCCCUGCUCCGGCUGGCUGAGCAAGCCGGAGCUGGCCUGGGACAGCAUCUGGGCAGGGGGAGGGGCUGGGCUGACCAACCGUGACCAAAACCCUCUUCUGCCCCACGCAGCCCCCUCUCCUUCCUGUCCUCUGCCCCAUCUUCCCCCUCCCCAAAGGCUGCAGCUUUUAUUCCAAGCCCAUCAAUGUAGGAGGGGGAAGCAGGAGGCCCAGAGAGGGCAAGGGGCUGCCCCAGGGCCUGUAGCACGCCCCUGACCACUCAGGGCUUUCCAGGCACGCACUCCAGCCUGGUCCACCUGCCUGUACCCUAAGGCCAGUUGGCCAGGGGCGAGGGGUGGCUCCUUAUGGCUUUCAUGCCCUUUGUUUGCAGAUGUUGAAUUUCGCAUCAUAGUUUCUAUAUUGUCCCUGAGUAUUAGAACUGUAAUUUAUUCAUUUUUCUGUGUCUGUGCCAAGAAGCCCAGGCUCUGGGCCUGCCCUCUUGCCUAGGAGGCCUUGCCAGCCUGCGAGCUUGUGGGAACACCUUGUACCUGAGCUUACAGGUACCAAUAAAGAGGCUCUAUUUUUCA